AUGUGGCUGCCAGACAGCAAGCCAAAGAUAAACACGUAGCCUGAACGAGAGGGGCGAGACCCAGAAAUACAAUUGAAAGGCUGAUUUCAAUUCCCGAAAUGAAGUGAUUAGGGGGGACACAUACCUUCGAAAACGAGGAAUUCCUCUUCUUCCAGACAAGGAGCCAGUCUUCCGCAUACAUCGGUUUGGAGCUGUAGUUGAGUUCAACAUGGUGCGAGCAACCUUGGUGACCGUCACCAGUCUGGCACUGACCGGUGCCGUGGUGGGGCACGCAUAUCUCCUCAAACACCAGUUUUACCCAACUGUCGUCUACCUCACCAAGAGCAGCCCCAGCAUGGCGGUGUUGUACAUUCAGGCGUUUGUGUUGGUGUUUCUUUUGGGAAAGUUCAUGAGGAAAGUGUUUUUUGGACAGCUACGGGCUGCAGAAAUGGAGCAUCUCAUUGAGCGUUCCUGGUACGCGGUGACGGAGACGUGCCUGGCCUUCACUGUAUUCAGGGAUGACUUUUCGCCACGCUUUGUCGCCCUCUUCACACUUCUGGUCUUCCUCAAGUGCUUCCACUGGUUGGCUGAGGAUCGCGUGGACUUUAUGGAGCGAAGUCCAAACAUAUCCUGUCUUUUCCACUUUCGAGUCUUAUCUCUCAUGGGUCUGCUGGGAGCUUUGGACUUCCUGUUUGUUUACCACGCCUGUCAAAGCAUCAUCACCCGAGGUGCCUCUGUGCAGCUUGUCUUUGGCUUUGAGUACGCCAUCCUGCUGACCAUGGUACUGACCAUGUUCAUUAAGUACAUCCUGCACACGGUUGAUUUGCAAAGUGAGAAUCCCUGGGACAACAAGGCUGUGUAUAUGCUCUACACAGAGCUCCUCACUGGUUUCAUCAAAGUUAUCCUGUACAUUGCCUUUAUGACCAUUAUGAUGAAGGUUCACACUUUCCCCCUGUUUGCAAUCCGGCCCAUGUAUCUGGCUAUGAGGCAAUUCAAGAAAGCAGUAACUGAUGCUGUAAUGUCUCGAAGAGCCAUUCGCAACAUGAAUACACUGUACCCUGACGCCACUCCUGAAGAUCUGCAGGCUUCUGACAACGUUUGUAUCAUCUGUCGUGAGGAAAUGGUCACCGGAGCAAAGAAGCUACCUUGUAAUCACAUUUUCCACUCCAGUUGCUUGCGUUCCUGGUUCCAGAGACAGCAGACCUGCCCCACCUGUCGUAUGGACGUCCUGAGGGCAUCGCAUAACAAUCCGACUCCUACGCCUGCCCAGGCUGCGGCCCCUGCUGCAGCAGCCCCUGCGCACGCUCCCGCUGCACAGCCAGCUAACGUGGCCCCUGGCAUGUUGGCCGGCUUCCCACCAGGCCUCUUCCCCUUCUGGGGUCCAUUUCCCGGAAUGCCUCAUCCAGCUCCGGCAGCUCCCGGUGCUGGCGAUGCGCUGCAGGGAAACACGGAAGCGGCGCAGGCAGCCGGCACAGGCCCGUCCACCUCAUCCGGCACGGACCAGGCCACAAGUGACGCUCCGGGCUCCACCGUGCCGGGAUUCCCCUUCUCCGUUCCCCCUCCUCCCUUCCCGACUGCACCGUGGCUGCCCAUGCCACCGCCACCUCCUCCUUUCAUGUCGUCGAUGCCGCCUCCUCCUCCGUCUCUGUCGCAGCUGUCCGAGGAGGAGCUGAGGGAGCUGGAGGCCGAGGGUCGACGGGGCCUAGAGGCCAGGCUGCAGUGUCUCCAAAACAUUCACACCCUGUUGGACGCCGCCAUGCUUAACAUUCACCAUUACCUCAGCACCGUAGCCACGCUCACUCCUCCGAGGUCUGACUGCAACAUAGGAGAAGCCAGCGGGACAAGCGGCUCUGCUUCCUUCCCCACUGCUGGCGCGAGCACGGAUGAUCAGAGUCAGGAGAAAAUCUCCUCUCCCAGCAUGAGCAAAACUCCAAUCCAAACGCUCGAAUCCGCUUCCACUUCUGCCACUUGGGAUAGCGAGAGAAGAAACCAUGAGGAUGAAGGAUCAGAGGACGAGGACGGCGAGCCGAACGCCGCCGAGCUGAGGCGCCGGAGGCUUCGGAAGCUCGUAACGGCGCCACUUGCGCCUGCAGACGAUUGAGGCCACUGGCUGCAGACCAACAGGAGCUCUUUACGUGGUUCAUCUGUUGAGCCCCUCUCACCAUCAUCACCAAUUGGAGUCGGACUCAACCUUCGGGGGGUUAAUAAACCAGAGGAUCUUUUGCACUCCUGACUCCGCCUAAAUGAUAGCAUGUUUUUUUCCCCCCCCCUUCUGUUUCACUAAACACAAUAGUGGAAUGAGAAGACUGCAGGCACUUCAAAGUUGAGAGCAACUUGCAAUGUGUUUGUGUUAAGUGAGUGAAACACUGGUUUAGUAUUUGGUAGUUUGGCUAUCAUUGGGCUCAGUGCCUGCACCCUAAUUCAUUUUUUCUUUAACAAACUGGCUUCAGUAGAAAGCGUGUCACUUAUUACACUGCACAGUGAACUUUUCUGAUCUAAAAAGGAAAGUUGAUAAAUAUGUUCUCCCCUUUACAAAUCAGCUUGCGCUGCGCAGUUUUUUUUUUUUUUCUUCCCACUGGUGCAGGUUCUGUAACAUUUGUUUGAAUGUGUACAUACUGUAUAAAGAGUUUUAUUAGGGUGAUCUGUACAUAGAUAAUAAACUGCAACAUUUUCUUUCAGG